ACCCGUCAUCCCGCAUUAUAAUUCAUUGUAUAAUUCACUUCCUCUCACAUGCUAAUCAAUGUGACCCACUGCACUAACACCACCCAUUACCUCACUGGUAGUGAGGAGGUGAGGGAACGUGAGGAGAGGUGCUGGGAUGUGAGGGGAGGUGAGGGAGGUUAGAGGAGGUUCUGGGAGGUAAGGUGAGGGGGAGGGAGGUGAGGUAAAGUGAGGGAAGGUAGUAGGGGGGAAGCCUGGCCCACCUCACCUCCCCUGUGGCGCCAAGCUAUGAACUUCCUCCCCACCGGACCCUUGCAUUUCCCCCCGGGAAGUCUCGCCGGAGUGACGCCCAGCCUCCUGGCUUCUCCAGACGGCGUGUCGCUCAUUCUCAACCUUUGUGUCCUAAUAAUAUGACUUCCCAAGGGACCCUUUUUUGUGAAGCCACUUCAGUCUAAUCAAAUGAAACCAAAAUAAGUUUGUUUUCAAGGACAAACAAUGGCGUCAGAGAAUGAAUGUUACCGAAGAGGCUCAAAUUUCCAUUAUGCUGAAGAAGGAUAUGCUAUACCAGCAAUAAAGAGCCAACAUAGUGGUAGCAGUCUGGAGGAUUGUGAUGUAGUUCCAGAAGAUCACAUUCUUCUCCAGAUGGACCAAGAACUGGACCAGAGGCUCAGUCGUCUUUGUAGACGUCGACCAGAUCAAACGCCAUCACUUUUGUCGAGAAUGAUCAGCAGUGAUGGAAACAUAAUGGCAAAUAAACAGAUGGAUGCCGGUAACUUUGCUAGUGGUUCCACAGCCCAGGCUAGCAUCCCUGACAAUGAAGGUGAUAAUUGGCCCUCUGGAUGCAGCAUCAGGACCAAGGAAAAAAAUGACAUUUUGAAUAGUCCCUUGAGUGUAUCUGUAGAGAAGCCAAGAGGAACAGCAAGUAUGCCAGACAAAAGGAAUGUUGCAGAACCAGAACUUGUAGAGAAUGACACCGAUGAAGAAGUGCUUGAUGCCAAAGAGGAGGCCAUAUUUGACGAAUUUCUGGAUCAGUCCACACGAAUUCGAAUGGGCAUUCUGACCAAGAAGGUGAUGGGUUUGAACCAAGCUCUCAAACUUUCAAGAGAUGAGUGUAAAAGACUGAUGUCCGCCAAACGAGAAGCAAGCAUGGCAUUCCACACGGCUGAGACGGAGAGACGAAAUAUGAAUAAACAGAUACAGACGUUGCAGCAGGAAAACUCCAGACUACAAACCUCAAACAAGUGCCUUCAACAUCGCAUUAAGGAGCUAACUGGGGAAUGCCAGGGGCUACGUAAGGAAUUAUGCAGCACACGACAGAGUGAGAGUGAUCACCGUAGUGGCCAGUCAUCCAUCCAGGCUCAGUUGACACGCUCAAGGGCUGAUAAUGCUGCCAUUAGAGACCAGAUGGCUCAAAUCAAAACAAAACACAAGGAGGAGGUUGAUGAGCUACGUGCCUUUGUCACUGAGAGUAAUAGCAGGAUUAAGGACCUGGAGAGACAGCAAAGAAACUUGUAUGCUCUCGUUAAGAAACAAGAGUGUCUCAUUACAGUCCUGAAUAAGCAAAAGAACAACAUCGCAGCAGCCAAGGUAGCGGCAUGCCUAGAGGACAAGUUCUUGGCCAUUAUCUCUCCACUACAACCUCCAUGAUUGGUUUUGGUUUUUAAGGAGCUGCGGGCUUCCAGAAUGUGAACUAUUGUAAUCUGUUGUGGGACGACAAUAAACAGUGUACUUCCUUGAUGAAUAAGGUAGAGUGGUGAAGACAUUUUGUAGUAGAUGUCAGUUUAUAAUGAAAAAACGAGUUUAGGGAAAAUUGUUAUCAGAAUGUCCCUUCAGUUAGAUUAAUCAAUCAUUCUGUUUCAUCUGAAGCAGGAUGCACUUACAAUAAUUCUUUUAAUAGGAAAUUAUGAUUACUGGGCAGAAAUGCUUACAAAUAAUCAUGCAGUGUAUAUACUAUAAAGAUACAUGCAUAAUGGAUAAGUUUUAGUCUUGCCAGCUUGAGAAGAUACUGUAUGUCAGUUAUUAGUUUGUGCAUCGACACCUUGAAAAGUGUAGGGCUGUGCGCUCCUCCUGAUGUGUGCCCAAUUCAAAGGAAGCAUUGGAUAUACUUUUCCUCCCUAGCAAAUGACUUGUGGUUCACUAGAUUUACUUGGACACCCAAAAAAUGACUAGUUUUCUAAGACAAGUUCCCUGCUGGUUGUGUCAAAAGCAGUUUGAAGAUCAAUAAAAGUCCAUUGCUCCUACCUAGCUUUCCUCUUUUACCUUUCGAUGAAUUCAUGGAUCAACGUCCCCUGGUUGGUGGUCUGGUCAACCAGGCUGUUCGACAUGGGCGCUCGCAGCCUGACAUAUGAAUUACAGCCUGGUUGACCAGGUAUUCCUUGAUGGUGAUUAUCAAGUUCUAUCUUGAACAUUGAGAGGUCAAGUAGUUAUGCCUCUUAUGUGUAGAGAGAGAGAGAGAGAGUGUUCAACAGUCUCAGGCCUCUGAUGUUGUUAGAGUUCUCUCUCAGCGUACCUAUAGCAUCUCUUGCUUUUCAACGGGCUUCUUUUGCACAUCCUGCCAUGCCUUCUGCUCUCAUGUGGUGUUAUUUCUUUGUGCUUUUUUUGUUGCGGGGGCACAUUAGUGACAAAUCACCAUGUGAUUGAAGGUUAAGAGGCAGAACCUGUCAAAACUCUACCCCCAUAGGUACAAUUAGGUGAGCACACAUUCUUGCCUUCACUCUCACACUUACUCAGAGUGUAAAGGGAAGGGUGAAGGAUUUAGAUUGAGAGAUGUAAAUGGAAAGGUCCAAGAAUUUAGUACCAAAGAAAUGGAGGGCGUGAAGAAUGAAGAGAUCAAUAAUUUAAUUCAAUAUUAACUACUAUUAAAUUCAUUAGGUAACCACUUACCUGUGUUGACUCCGUGUGUUGUCAAGUGUGGGCGGGGCCUCUGCACACAACCAUAAGUGGAGGGGAUCAGCCAUCACUGUCAUUGUAGUCAGGGUAUGGAGGCUUUAGACACUAGUGACUGGUGCUUAAUAUAAAUUUAAUUUCAAUUUACUGUACUGUAUUUUCAUUUUUAAUUGUCAAGUGUGUUUUAGUUCUAUAUUAAAGACUGUGUGCAUGCACGUGUGUGGUGCUGUUGUGUUCAACGCCUAUGUUUAUGGUAGAAUGUAAUUUGACACUGUACUGUGUGUGUGUUGACUGCUUAACCCUCCGCCACUCGGAGUAGCCUGUAUCUUGUAGAGGUGUGAAGAUGGUGCUGUGAGGGGCCCACCACAGUUACGAGGUGUUUAAUCAAGUUUUUCUCUCAUUGUCACAGAACUGUUUAAUUCUAGGUGAGUGAUAGAUGUAUCCAAGUACAUUUGUUAGUCUUUUUCAUGUGUUAAAAUAUGUGUAAUGCUCACAUAAGAUGGUUUGUGUCAGUUCCUCAGUUUAAAAUGUAGCUUAAUGUUUAAUAUUUUAAUUUUAAUUAUGUAUGUGUGGCAGUAAUUUUCAGGUGUACAGUCCUGAAUUUUAGUAAUUUUAUUUUUUUAAAUUUGUUUCUUGUUUGUUGGGUUCUAUUUCUGUAUUAUGUCAUUAUCUCUUCAUUAUUUUCCUCUGCCCCCCCCCCCCCUCCCCUCCCCUCAUAACAGAGAACCGUUGUCAAUGUACUUGUAAUGUGAAGGUUCUAGACCAAGAGUUGACAAUCUACUACUGACAGUAUUGGCAUUCAAGGCCUUCGACUAAACGUGUUCCAACUGUCUACCACUUUGUAGUCAAAGAAGAACUUUUUAAUAUUUUUUCAGUACAGUUCAGUAUUUUUGUUUCCUUAGGUGGAAUCUUACGACCUCUAGUUCCUGAAGUUGCAAAUUUCCAGACUUCCUCUUUGUUAAUUUUGUCGAUUCCUUUUAUUAUUUUGUUAGUUGUGAUCAUAUUGCCUCUUUUUAUGCCAUCUUCUAGCUUUGGCAUAUUUAACACCUCUUACCUCUCCUCGUAGCUCUGGUUUUUUAGUUCUGGAAGUAAUUUCGUAGCAUGUCUUUGCACCUUUUCCAGCUUAUUGAUGUGCUUCUUGAGAUAUAGGCACCAUACAACUGCUACAUAUGCCAGUUUUGGUCUUUCAAAAGUCUUAAACACCUUAUUUAAUAUUUCACCAUGUAUUUAAAAAUGAUUCUGAAGCUGGAAAGUGCAGCAUACCCCCCCCCCCCCAAACACACGAUGAAACUACGAUGUUGCUACAACAUUCUAAUGUCAUAAAACGUUAUAACAAGAUGAUACAGCUUUAUCACAAGUUGUAUCAAGGGACUCAUAGGGACUGUUACGUUGUGUGUGUGUGUUUGCAGAGUAUGCUCCUCGCUGUGUCCUUUAUGUGGUCCUCGGGUGAGUCUAAUAUCCACAACCACCUCUAGACCUCUUUCUCUGUCAGAGUUCUUUAAAUGUGAGGUGUGUGAGGGAGGAGUGAGGUGUGUGAGGGAGGAGUGAGGUGUGUGAGGUAGGAGUGAGGUGUGUGAGGGAGGAGUGAGGUGUGUGAGGGAGGAGUGAGGUGUGUGAGGGAGGAGUGAGGUGUGUGAGGGAGGAGUGGGUUAGGUGAGGUGUAUGAGGGAUGAAAUACACAAAAACUAGUAAAGGACUAUAAUUACUAAUGGUCAUUUGGGAAAUGUAUUUUUUCUGGGCUCGUCCAGCCUUUCACCACAUGAUGGAAAAACUUUUGUGUGUUAAACGGCAUCAAAUGUUGCACUUAACUUUUGUGUUGGUUAAUACGUAUAAACAUUUCUUAAAUAAAAUCAACAUAAUUCAUAGUUUUAUGGUUUAUUAUUAUUACCUUUAUAUACAUUAAUAUAAAAAGAGUUCAGUAGAUGAUUGUGACUGACCAUUGCCCCAGACAUUGCUGCUGGGCCGUUGGGGAAAAAAAAGUUGCCGACCACUUCUCCAGACAGACCACUACUGUCUCUGUUCUUGUGGUGUGGUAGUGUGGAGUAAAAAUUGAAGUGGACGGUAGAGUGCCGCAAGAAUACCUUGACAAAAUUCAAGAGUGGACAGAUAAAUGGCUGCUGAAAUUCUGUCAGAAUUUCUCUCUGUCUGAAAGUAAAUAUAAAAUAAUGAAAAUGGGUAAGGGUGAUAGGAGACCUGUAUUAUACCACACCAUAAGGCAGUGAUUCCCAACCCAAUGGCCCUGUUUUCUAAUGCUUAACAGACCUAUGACCCCCUGCCUCACAUUGAACACAAGAUGGUCAAUGGUGCUCAUCUCAGCAGUGUUUUCUGGAUAGAUAAAACUUGACUG